AUGAGUUUAUAUUUCACGACCCUGUUUGCAUUGUUGACCAUUGAAAUGGUUACACUCUUCAUGGUGGUAUUACCGUUACCGUUCAGGAUAAGAAGGAUAAUUUAUAAGGCCUAUUAUAAAUGGUCCUCAAACACCCAGGUGAAAACUGUGUACUAUAUAUUUGGUGGACUUGUAGGAUUACUAUUCAUUGAUUCGUGGAAGAGAGCGCAGGUGAAGGUCUCGUUAUACCACCACAAGAAGUACAGUGAUGGAAGCACUGAUCCAUCAGCUGUUACUCCAAUCCAGGCAUUAGCAUCAAGAGCAUACAAUCAAAGAAAUGUGUACAUAUCUGGUUUCAUUCUCUACUUCAUGGUUUGCAUUCCCACUGUAAUGACCAUCGUAAGGAGACUCAUCAAGUAUCAGAAUUUGAUCAACGAGCAAAAUGAAAAGCACCCUGAAGACGCUCAAAAGAAGCAGAUUGUCGAAAAUAAAGAAAUCAAUGAACUGAGGGAGAAGUUGAGAGAAAAGGAGGUUUCUUUGCAAGGUUUGCAGAAGCAAGUUAAGAACUUGGAAGAGUACUUCGACAAACAAAAUGCUAACGUAGUGCCUGAUUCUGAAAGAGAAACCGAAAAGAAAGAGCAGUGA